AGUUUUUACAGUAACCUGUUUGUUAUAACUACAACACUCUCAAGUUUUUACAGUAACCUGUUUGUUAUACCUACAACACUCUCAAGUUCUUACAGUAACCUGUUUGUUAUACCAACAACACUCUCAAGUUUUUACAGUAACCUGUUUGUUAUACCUACAACACUCUCAAGUUUUUACAGUAACCUGUUUGUUAUACCUACAACACUCUCAAGUUUUUACAGUAACCUGUUUGUUAUACCUACAACACUCUCAAGUUUUUACAGUAACCUGUUUGUUAUACCUACAACACUCUCAAGUUUUUACUGUAACCUGUUUGUUAUACCAACAACACUCUCAAGUUUUUACAGUAACCUGUUUGUUAUAACUACAACACUCUCAAGUUUUUAUAGUAACCUGUUUGUUAUACCUACAACACUCUCAAGUUUUUACUGUAACCUGUUUGUUAUAACUACAACACUCUCUAGUUUUUACUGUAACCUGUUUGUUAUACCAACAACACUCUCAAGUUUUUACAGUAACCUGUUUGUUAUACCUACAACACUCUCAAGUUUUUACAGUAACCUGUUUGUUAUACCUACAACACUCUCAAGUUUUUACAGUAGCCACAGUAGAUGA